CAGCGCAUUCAGUGUAGGGAGAAGCAGGGACUCACUAUGAGGGGGAACUUUGUUACUAUGAAACUUAGGAAUAUUUGCAAAAUAUUGUAAAAAUUAUCAAAAUCCCUCGUGAAUCAAUAACCUGCCCCUAGGGUUUGAGGUUUUUAGUUUAGUUUGCCCGGAAAGGGCUUCUACACUCACUAUUCUUACACUUUUUUGAAAGAAUGUGUGAGACAGACUAGUUAGCCAGCUAGCUAGCUAGCUGAGAGGUGAUACAGGCGGCAGGAGAACAAAAGAUUUUUUUUGCGUUUUGACCGGUUGUACUGACACCAAGUCCAUGCAGAACGUGUCAUUACCAUCACAAUGCCCGUUUUACUUUUUCUGAUAGACACGUCCGCUUCAAUGAACCAGCGCACCCAUCUGGGCACUACCUAUCUGGACAUAGCAAAAGGCGCUGUUGAGACUUUUAUGAAGCUCAGAGGGAGAGAUCCGGCGAGCCGAGGGGACCGGUAUAUGUUGGUAAAUUUUGAAGACGUUCCGUUCGGGAUAAAGGCUGGAUGGAAAGAGAGUCAUGCCACAUUCAUGACAGAGUUGAGGAACCUCCAAGCAAAUGGACUCACAACUAUUGGCCAGUCCUUGAGGACCGCUUUUGAUUUACUCAAUCUCAAUAGAUUAGUGACUGGGAUAGACAACUAUGGACAGGUAUGUAGUGCUGAAGAGGCAGAGAGGAAAUCAGGUUUAUAAAGUGUUAUGACAAGGUGCUAUAUAUG